AUGUUACCUAUACUGACUCAUCCUUACUUGCUUCAGCAAUCCAUUGUCUUUUUCUUUCUUUCUUUCUUUCUUUCCUUCCUUCUUUCUUUCGUACUUUUCAUUCCUUGCUUUCUCUCUCUCUCCCUCUCCCUCUCUCUUUCUUUCUUUCUUUCUAUUCGACAAGCCUUUUUUUCUUUCCAGCCUUUCUUUCUUCAGCAUGUCAUAGUCAUUUUCUUUCUUUCUUUUUUUACUUCCUCUCUUUCUUUCUCUUUUUCUCUCUUUCUCCCGGGUUUACCUUCUUUCUUUCCAGCUUUACUUCCCUCAGUAAGACAUUGUCCCUUUCUUUCUUUUCAUUCUUUCUUCUCAUUCUUUCUUUCAAUUUUUAUGUCUUUAUUUCUUUCUAUUCGACGUGCCUUCUUUCUUUGCAGUCUUUCUUUCUUCAUCAAUCAUUGUCUUUUUUUUCUAUCUUUCUUUCUCUUUUCAACAACUUUCUUCCCUUGUUCACACUUUAUAAACAGUAAUGUUUUCUCUCUUUUUUAUUUUGACAACUCCGGCUUCUCAUUUUCCUCCGGCCUCCAGACGAUUCAGAAAUCUCUUGUCUCCUCGGAGCUAAAGAGUUUUCACGCUUUCAUUAAUAUUUAUUUACAGCAUGUUUCUUCAUAUAGCAACCAUCUAUCUAUCUAUCUAUCUAUCUAUCUAUCUAUCUAUCUAUCUCGUUCUUCUGUUCAUAUCUAUCUAUCGAUCUAUCUAUCUCAGUUUGCUCAUAUCUAUCGAUCUAUCCAUCUAUUUCAGUCUGUUCAUAUCUAUCUAUCCAUUACUUUCUAUUCAUAUCUAUCUCCGUCUGCUCAUAUCUAUCUAUUUAUUUAUCUAUCUAUUCCAUUUUUAUCUGUUAGGAUUAUUUACAUUUUAUCUAUCUAUGUAUCUAUCUAUCUUUGUCUUUUCACAUCACAGACUGUUCAUAUCUAUCUGUAG